AUGUCUGCUGUGUUUUACUGCUUGAUGUCUUUAUGGAUCCAUUUGUUUUCAUCCAUGCUUUCCUACCUCCAUCAGCCAGAAACAAACCUUCAUGAGGACUUAGUAAACCCUGCUUUAACUGAUGUGGUUCUGGUCCAGUAGAACCCAGCUGGGCUGCUGCUGAUUUCUCCCCUUCAUCAAGUCCUGACUCAGCAGUUUUGCUCUUUAUGUCCAAGUUUCUGACUGAAACCUCAGAGUUCAGAGAGAAAGUGUUUUGGGAGAAGAUGAUCUGCAGGAUCCUGCUGCUCAUCAUCCUCAACUCAUGUCUCUGUGCAGCAACAUUUGUAGUGAAUGUGACACAGAGCUCCUAUCAGGCAGAGGAGAACCACAGCAUCACUCUGGAGUGGACCUUCACCACCACACCUGAUGAACCCUGGAGAGAUCUGUUCAUCUACUGCAGCUUGUUAACUCCUAGGAAAGAAUUAGUCCUGUAUCAGGUCCAUGAUGGAGUUGAGGUGUCAGAGUCUCAGGAUGAACAGUUUUCAGGACGAGUCCAGAUUGACAAAGACGUCCUCAGAGAAGGACGAAUCAGACUCCAUGUGUCCAGACUGAGGACUGAAGACUCUGGUCUGUAUCUGUGUGAUGUUCAGACUGAUGAAGGUUCUGGUUCUGGAUCCUGUCAACUCAACGUCUCUGCAGCUGCUGAUCAGCUCCAACCUCACACUGAGAAUCCACAACCAGACCAUCGAGGAAGAAUUGGUCUUUAUUUUUUCCUGCUUCUGCUCCCUCUCAGUGUUUCUUUGUUUAUAUUGGGGUUUUGUUUUUAUAAAGUAAAGUAUAAAAUAAAUCUAAUUAGAUCCAAACAGAAACUGAGUUUCUGCCCAUGCAGCCCAUGAACUCUGAAAACACUGUUAUAAAAAUAUGAUAAAACACAAGAUUUCGUUCUUUUAAAGUUUAUCAUUGUUAAAGCAGCAGCGAUGCAAAUAUGUUUUGUGUAAACUAAUCAGUCAUUAAUGAUUUAAGUGGUUCAUUAAGUUGCAAUGUGUGUUAAAAAUCUGCAGCCUGUUUCUGCAUUUAUUUUUCUACUCUUGUAUAAAGUUUCCAUAUUGGACAGAAAUGUGACAUCACACAUGUCCAACAUGCUCUCAGCAGACAGCUGUGGGGUACAUUCUGAUGUUUCACUUGCUAGUAACAUAACUACAGUACUGAUGAGCAUGCAGAGGAAGAAGUCACCAGGGUUAGAUUGAUUACCAAAACAAUAUUUUACCUUUUGGGACCAACUAAAAGACCCACUAUUUUUUCUACUCUUUACUGUGUAUAAAGUGUCCGAAUUGGAUAGAAAUGUGACUCUGAUUGUUGUAAAUAAAUGUCAAG